ACACACACACACACACACACACACAAAUAAACUAACCCAGAUCAUUUAUAGCUAGAGGUCCAGGAUACACCCACUCACUUACACUCGCAUGCCUGUAAACACACACACACACACACACACCCAUAGACAAGCAAACACACCUACAGCACAGUCAGUAACACAUUGCCAAAUGGAUUUAGAGUUCUGUGACAUUGUGAAACAAGGCUGUGUUAAAAUUCGAAGAAAACAUUUUUGGAUGUAUCAGAAAUGCUGGCUUGUUUACAAGAGGGCCUCAAGCACAGGACCUAAAAGGCUGGAGAGAUUCCCUAACCAAGGAGCCUCCAACUUUCAUUGCCAUCAGAAGGUGAUAGACCUGACAGAUGUGAUCAGUGUCACCAGACCUCCACAGGAGAAAAAGAAACACGCUCUGGUUUUGACAUUCACUGAUGACAGCACUCUCAGCUUUACCUGUGACUCAGAGACAGAAGCUGCCGACUGGUAUAAGGUCUUAAACAGAGAGUGUGUACACGGUGGGCUGGACGCCUUUAGGAUCCCAGAGCCAGACCUCCUAUCCUCUUCUCUCAGGCACCAGACUGAGCGCUUCUGUGUGCGUCUGCUGCCGUGCAAAGGACUGAAGACGUCGGGGGAGUGUGUACUUCAGGUCAACUCAGAAGCCAUCACCCUCUGGGACACGCGGACCAGCCACCUGAAACUGGCCUCGUGGCCUCUCACAGCACUACGCCGCUUUGGCAGCGAUCGCACCUGGUUCAGCUUUGAAGCAGGACGGUCAGUUCAUCUCACAAAGAAGUCGUUAAAGCCUGUGCGAGACAGGAGAGGGCUUCUUCAAGUUCCAAACGGUGGAGGGGGAGGCUAUCUACCAGCGUGUCCACGCCGCAGUGCAUUCCAUCAUCCAGCAGGAGUGCCCCCUCAGGUAGCCAGGACCAAUGAAUAUUACUGCAGACCACUGAUGGACAUUUCUCUGGGGUUAAGAAAUUGCCCCAGGCCAUUCAUAGAACCAGAAUCUGAUGAAGGCUGUUUUAGUUGAAACGUAAUCCAGCCAUGAAAUAAUAAAAGACAACAAAAAAGGAGUUAAAGUGUGCGUACUUCUCACUUUGAAAACUACAGUUGGCCUUCAUCCUGCACCUUUUCCUGGGAUGUGCACAAUCCUCUCCUUCAACAUUCAUAGAACCAGCACAUUGCAAAUCGCACAACCCCUCAUCCAUGUAGGUGGCACAACUGCACAAUUAAAAACUUUGACUUUGUCCCAAGGAGGUUUGUCAUCAAAAACGACAGUUUGCUUUUUUCAUGUACAGGUGUAUAGCAUGCUCUCCUCUGUGUGUUCCGUCUACAUGUGUUCUAUUUAGGGCUCGCUCACUCCCUCUGGUGGAUAAAAGGUGUACCAGUAAGUUGUUGCUGGUAAAAUGCGUGGCACUGGCAUGAUGAUUAUUGCACUACUAUUUAAAUAAAGGAUACUUUUUCUUGUAAACUUCAAAACACGUUUCAUGAAUGUUAAGAUGUAUUUGUUUUUAUUAAGCACUCAACCUUUUUCAUAUUACUUUACUUUAGUGGUUGUCUCAUAAAGCGCACUUGUGAAAGAAGACAUUUCUCAUAACUUUCCAGCAUUGUUGGUCAUGAACCCAACAGCAAAAAGCAAAAAGAAGACUGACUACAUCGCUGAGAAGAAGGUAGAGCUGAACUCCAGAGGGAAAUUUGACCUUUUCAUGAAUAUUUACAAAGUAAUAAACUAAUAUUUACUGGUCUGACCAAAGCAGAGUACGUUGUGCAGCCCAAGAUACCUACGGUAUGACCGGUAAUUCAAAAUCGCAGGCAUGAGACAAUUCACCUAUUCAAGUGUACAUUUUUGAGUCGUAAUGAAUACACAUGAAAAAGAGGGAAGCAUAUAUUAUGGAAAUAAACCUUUGAUAAAAUGUGCAUGCUCUUACGAAACAGUGCAUCUGAGGAGGAGAAAGACACGAGGAGUGCGCCUUAAUAUUCGACCUUGCCUCCUCCACUUGCCUCCUCCACUUGCUUCUCGUCAUGAUGACAUCACUGACAACAGCAUUAUAUUUCAAUAUCUUGCAAAAGCUCAAUUGUAGAGUCUUUUUCUCAUUUGCAAUUGGGACGGUGAAUGAAAAACAG